GUCAUCGGCAGAGCAGUCGGUGAUUCCUUGUGGACAUGAAGACUUUGGCCAUCACUGUCGCCCUCGUGGCGUUUAUCGCUGUCAGUGUGAGCGGUGAUCCUGAAGCUGAUGCUGAGCCCAGCCGCUAUGGAGGCGGCUUUGGAGGCCAUGGACUCGUGUCCUACAGACCCGUGUACAGAAGCUACAGUUACGGACGUUGGAAGAGGAGUGCUGAAGCUGAGGCUGAGGCCGAGCCUGAGGCUGAUCCCUCCCGCUUCGGAUACGGCUAUGGCGGCUAUGGGCACGUGUCCUACAGGCCCGUGUACAGCAGUUACGGCUACGGACGCUGGAAGAGGAGUGCUGAGGCUGAGCCCGUUGUCAGUGUAAGUGGUGAUCCUGAAGCUGAUGCUGAGCCUAGCCGCUAUGGAGGCGGCUUUGGAGGCCAUGGACUCGUGUCUUACAGACCCGUGUACAGAAGUUACAGUUACGGACGUUGGAAGAGGAGUGCUGAGGCUGAGGCUGAGGCCGAGCCUGAGGCUGAUCCUUCCCGAUAUGGCAGCUAUGGGCACGUGUCCUUCAGGCCUGUGUACAGCAGCUAUGGUUACGGACGCUGGAAGAGGAGUGCUGAGGCUGAGCCCGGAUUCAGCUUCGGUCGCAGCUUUGGAGGUCACGGCCGCUUCGGAGGCUACAGGGGCUAUGGGGGCUACGGCGGAAGCUUUGGGGGACAUGGUCGUUUCUACGGUUGAAGGAUCCCUUUUGUUCAAGAUGAAUAAAACUGAGCACUUUUA